AGACGCGCGAAUUUCAUGACCUCCAUUUCCGGCAGCGCGCUCGGUGCGAUGAGGGGGCGCGCGCAUGCACGUGCUACGUGAACGACCGCAUGCUCUUCGGAUGUUGACAACUGUUCUGCUAUAACUUUGUUUACAUUGUUUACUGUGGACACGUAAUCCGUCACGUAGUAUUCCGUCACGUCGCGAGACGUAAGGGAGUAGAGUAUGGAAGCAGUGCCAAAGGUGAGGAUUAUUAUUUUGGGGAAAAGUUUUUCACAGACCUCCACUGUGGGAAACUUCAUCCUGGGCAGAUCAGCGUUUGAGACUGAAGAUCGUCCACAUUCAGUAGAGCGUCACUGUGAGAGUGUCAGAGGACAUGUGGAGGGAAGAUACAUCACCAUCAUCAACACACCUCAUCUGUACGACCCUAAACUCUCUAAUGAGGAGCUGAAUCGGAAAAUAAAAGAGUGCGUUUCACGUUCUAGACCUGGACCUCAUGCAUUUUUACUUGUGGUACAGCCUCAUGACUUUACACAGAAAGACAGAAACCUACUGAGAUACAUCCUGAACUCCUUCGGCGAUCAAGCCAUAAACUACUCCAUUGUGAUAAACACAGACAGUGGGUUUAAUACAUCAGAAGAUGAAUUAAGAUUCACUGCCAUUCAGGAGUUAACAGAGGAAUGUCAUGGGAGGCAUCACAGUUUUUCACAGUUACACGAAUCGAGCAGGAGCUCAGUUUGUCAGCUGUUUGAGAAGAUUGACCAAAUGGUGAAGGAUAAUGGGGGAGAACAUCUCGCAUGUGAGAGUUUUGAAGAUGAAGAGCAGUUUAAACCUGAUGACUUGACCGCUCACCAGAAACAAGAUGAGCAAGCAGUACAAGGACAGGGAGUCCGGCUCUUCUCUCAGUAUCUUCAUGUGGAAACCAGAUCAUCAUCAACAAUGAGUAAACAAGAUAAAAUUCAGAAGGACUUCCUUCUUCCGGAUCUCAAAAAAGAUGGGGUGAAGCUUUAUCUCCAGAAGAUCAGAAAAGUUGCUUCGGAUAACAGGGGGUCAGAGAUUAAACUGAAAAAGGUAGAAGAGUACAGUUUCAAGGUCGGAACUUUGGAAGAAACAUCGUACAAAGAUGAGCCCGACAUGGUCGAUGAGUGGGAGCAGUUCUACCUCCCAGAACACAUGUUCAUGGAGGUGAUUGGUGUUUUUGAGGAGUUCCCCUGUUGCUCCCCCAAUGGUGAUCUGGUGCUGAUGGUGUGUGAGGACGAGAAGGUGUUUGCUUUUGAAGAUGAGACGCUGCAUCUCGUCUCAAACAACCUCGAAGAGCUGUUUAAGAACGGCCUCCAGUUUCCAGGAACCGAGCAGUAUUACCGUGGGCAAACCUUUGAGGACAUGACCGAAGAAGAUUGGGACAGGGUGAGGGAAUCAGACGGAUUGAAGGAGAAGAGGAAGGAACACCAGGAACUGCUGGAGAGUAUGAAGGACUCCUUUCUCAACAACCUGAACAUCAUCAUGGGGAGAAAGCGAGUCGUGCCAAUCCCUGAUCCUGAGGAAAAGCCAUUAGUGUCUGUUUGAAACAUGCAGUAAGAUUAAAAUCAUCUGGGUUUGGAUCA